CUGAGAUUUAUAAUAUUUUUUAGCUUAAUUAGAGAACUAUGAACCAUCAUGGAAUGCCACCGCAAGGUAUGCCUAACCAAGGAAUGCCUCCUCCAAUGGGGCAGAUGCCAGGAGAGGCUCCUCCUGGGGUUUCUAAUAGCCAUUCGAGGACAGUUUUUGUUGGAAAUAUCCCUUAUGAUGCCGAUGAUAACCAAAUAAAAGCUUUACUAAAACUUGUUGGACCUUUCCAUACUUUCAGACUUAAGCAUGACAAGGAGUCUGAGAAGCCAAAGGGAUAUGGCUUUUGUGAAUACAAAGAUAUGGAUAUAGCCUCGUCAGCCCUGAGAAACCUCAACCAAUACGAGCUUAAUGGAAGACAACUCCGCGUAGAUUUCGCAUCAGAUAAUAAAAAUGGAACCAACCUAAAAGACGAAGAAGUGAAAUACAGAGAUAUCGCAGAUAUUUAUAACCAAGAGACUUGGGAACCAUACCAGAUCUCAGACUGCACCUCCGUGCAGGACAUCAUGAAGAACCUCUCCUUAGGCCAGAAGGAGUUCCUCCUUAAUGCUAUUAAGGAUAUCGUCGAGAAAUCUGAAGAGCAUGAACAAGCUAUUGAGAAGAUCCUCGACAAGGAUCCUGAACUGUGAAAUACACUGCUGAAGAUCCAAGAUGAGGUCAUAGAAUCUUACAAGAAUAAUUUCUCAUCUAGUUAA